GGAAGCGCAACUGCCGCUUGCGCUCGCAGCAAGAGGCGUUUGCAACGGCGCGACCCUCCGGCCCACGCUGCGCCGCCAACCUCAUAAGCGCUGGGCCUCGCCGCUGCGCCCUUGUCUCGCCACCACCACCACCCCCAAGCACCCCACCAUGACGCCCGACAUUCCCAAGCAGAUGAAGGCGGCGCGCAUCACGCAGUUCAAGCAGCCCAUGGCGUGCGAGACGAUCGACGUGCCCAGCAAGCUCGAGGGCCACGAGUGCCUCAUUAAGAUUCAGGCCGCAGGCUGGUGCCACACAGACCUGCAAGUCUGUGAUGGGGUCUACGAAGCUCAAGGCGCCCACAGCGGCCUCGUGGGUAGCCACGAGCCUGCUGGGCUGGUGGUCGAGCUCGGCCCCGACGCGGAGAAGGAGGGCAAGAUCAAGAUUGGCGACCGCGUCGGCUCGACGAACACGUUUGGAUUUUGUGGUGCCUGCUCGAGCUGUCGCCAGGGCAAGCAGCUGUGCGAGAACAUCAAGGGCCUGCUCGGCCUGACGAUCGACGGCGGCUUCUCCGAGUACAUGAAGGCGGAUGCCCGCGUCGUGACGCGCAUCCCCGACUCGAUCGACUUUGUCUCGGCCGCCCCGCUCUUCUGCGCCGGCGCUACGGUCUACGGCGCGCUCAUGGCCGCCGACCUGAAGAAGGGCCAGUGGGUCGCCAUCGUCGGAUGCGGCGGUCUCGGACACCUUGGCUGUCAAUAUGCGCGAGCGCUUGGGGUCAACGUCGUAGCCGUCGACAACCGCCAGGAGGGCCUCGAAGUGCUUAAGAAGGCGCCCAAGCACCUGCAGCCCGACGAGACGCGCCUCAUCGACUCGGACGAGAGCAAGGAGAGCGUCGCCAAGGAGCUCGGCGGCGCCUUCCACGAGACGAACGCGGGCGUGGACCGCGUCGUCAUCUGCGCCGAGGACAAGAACCUCGUGCUCUGGAGCCAGAAGCUCCUGCGCAAGGGCGGCAUCAUCGUCGACGUGGGCCUCCCUGCCGAUGGACCGUUCCUUGUCGACAGCUUUGCGCUCAACUUCUGUGAACAGCAGCUGCGUGGCCGCCUGAUCUGCUCUCCCGAGGAGAUCGAGAGCAUGCUGAAGCUGCACGCGGACAACUCGUGCGAGACGUACGUCGAGAAGACGUACCGUGUCGAGCAGAUCAACGACAUGAUCGAGCACUACAAGUCCAAGAGUCUCAUGGGCCGCCUCGUGAUGGACUUCCAGUAGGGAAGUGCGCCCCUCCUUCUGCCGUGGCCCGUGACGAAUGCGAUGCGUGACCUCC